UGAGACACCUCAAACCGCAUCGUGUAGAAAUGCAACAUCGCCCUCUUUUGUUUCGGACAACAAAUGACAUGUCUGCCUGUGUCAGCGACAAGCAGGCGAUACAGACGGUCGUAGGGUUUGCCUGUAGUAUCAGCCAGCCACCAACAACCAGCCGCCUGAAUGUAGAUCCGCAUGGGCUUUUACUUCUUCAUCUUUUUAAAUAACCCGGCGGAAAAUUAAAAUAAGGAUCCAAGGAUGGUGUUAGUGCAUGUCGGAUACCUGGUUCUCCCCGUAUUCGGCUCAGUAAGAAACAGAGGAUCCCAUUUUAACCGGCAACAGCAACAACAGCAGCACAGCCAUGCUACCUCUUGCCGGCACUUCCAGCUAGGUCCUCAGGCCCCACUGCCCAUGGACUUCCCCAUGCCCCACCCAGGGCAGCCACAGUCAGGCAUAAACCCCCACCUGGCCCCACCUGGCCACCAGCAUAUCUCUUCACUUCAUCCGCCCCUCAACCCCCUGCCUGCUCCUCAGUUCCAGGACAUCCCCACCCCUCCCUUCCUACCUCAGGCAUUACACCAGCAAUACCUCCUCCAGCAGCAGAUCCUGGAGGCCCAGCAUCGGCACAUCCUGCCGCCGUCCAGUAGACGCACCCCAGAGAGAGUCCCCCACCAACCCCACAGACUACGGCCAGGAUACGAGUUUGCGCCCCCGCUUCACGUCCCUCAGCCUGUGGUGCAGCAGCCGCGAUACCUAGCUGAGGGCACGGACUGGGAUCUGAGUGUUGAUGCUGGGCUGGCUCCACAUCAGUAUCAUAUCCACCCACUGCCGCAGCACUAUCAGCACUACUUGACCUCCCCCAGGAUGCACCACUUCCCCAGAAACAAUGCCUCAACGCAAGUGGUUGUCCAUGAGAUCAGAAACUACCCCUACCCCCAGUUGCAUUUGCUGGCUCUGCAGAGUCUCAACCCCUCCCGCCACGCAUCUGCCGUUAGAGAAAGCUACGAGGAGCUCCUGCAGCUGGAGGACAGGCUGGGCAGCGUAAACCGCGGAGCAAUUCAAUCCACCAUAGAGAGAUUCACUUUUCCACACAAGUAUAAAAAGAGAAUACCCCAGGACCUGAAGAUGUGCCUGGAUGAUGAGGAGCUGGAUACUGAUGAAAAAUGCACCAUUUGUCUUUCGAUGCUGGAAGAUGGAGAGGACGUCAGGAGAUUACCCUGCAUGCACCUCUUCCACCAGGCGUGCGUUGACCAGUGGCUGGCCACCAGCAGGAAGUGCCCCAUCUGCAGAGUGGACAUUGAGACCCAGCUGACCCCCGACAGCUGAUAGCCCCCGACGGUUCCCGCGGCUCCGGAUCCGGUCUCGUUAAUUCUCCCAUCGCCUCCCUCCGGGGUGGGGGGGUGGGUCGAAGAAGAGAGGCUCUGCCAAACACCCCUCUUCCCCUCUGCAUCGCUCAAAGAGUCUGCCUUCUGAGACGGCUGUGACAGGGGUGGAGGGGGGGAAUCAAAGCACACUCACCUACAAGGCGACGAGGGGAGACGGGGGGGUCGAUGCACAGAUGGGUUGCUGGACUGAAGGGCAGUUGAGGGGGGCUUUGCUGAAUGUAAAAGGUAGGAGCAGACAGGCAGAUGUGCUGAGGCUUCACCAUUCUAACCCCCUGUGCACACCAAAAGACCACAAACCCUCCCCUGCUCAGCGCGGUAUUCCAAUACCACUCUGCUGCCACUACAUCCUUCGCCCCCCGCCCCUUCCAAGCCAGUGGAAAUCCUUCUAGCUGUUUUCUGCCUAAAGCCCUCAGCACAUCUGUACAGAACAUAAUAGCAUGAGGUUGUAUGACGUGAACUCUUGUAGCUGAACGCUUGCGGUGUAAUGGAGUUUAGUACUGAAUAAGUAUUUACAGAGUAACAGUGUUGUGUAGCAAGCAAACGCCUUUUGAGAAAUAUGUUUGUGAAAAAUGGCGCCUCCGGAGAGGGUGAACGCAGCUCUAGAGGACGCCGUGUGUUCAAAGCAACAAGAGAAAGAGCUGUACAAAAGGCCAAAAAAAAAGAAAAACAAUCCCUCUUUCUUGUCUAACGUGAAUUUGGACUUACAGUUAGUAGAUGCCAUCGGAGUUGAUGCUAAACCCGCUAACUGCAGGCAUGGCUUUCAGUGAUGUGUGUAGUGUUGUAGUCGGGCCUCUAUAACCUAGAAGCAGAGGCCUCAGAUGUGCAUGCUGUAUGGCAGGCUUGGGCUGUGUCGUAAAUGUAGUGGAGCAGUAGAAACGGGGACUGUGUCCGUGCAUGUGACCUGUUUGUUAUGAUCCUGAUCAUUCAUAGAGGAGGACAGGAAUGCUCCUUGAUACCCCACACCUUUACCACCCGCUCGUCCCUCGUAGACCAAAGUUGCCCUUCGACAUCGAUCUCCGACCGGCGUAGUGGGGUUUAAGGAGCCGCCGUCGGGUCCGUGUCUAAAGGCAACUCCCAUCUCUGUGGCCUUGCUCAUGGCGUGAUCGUGAGCAUGGGGCUUGAGGAUGCAGUGCCUGAGUCUUGCCAUCAGAGUGACAUUUUUAUUACCAGAACCUUAUUGCCUAUCGAACAAGCACAUGCGAUUUCUAUACACAGCGAAUCACCUCCGUUGUCUAUCGGUUCCUUUCAUUUCAACCUCCAACCGUUUGAUAUAAGACUGUCUGGUGUUACAGGGAAAAUACAAACUAGCUUGCCUGUGAUUUGUGCUAGAAUGUGUAUGAUUGUUCCCGCCCCCUCUUUCCCAUGGUACUAUGUAUGGUCUAUGGUAUUGCUAGAACAACUGUGACAUGUGCAGUGAUAGAAGCUGUUUCUCUAUAUCAUGCAUGAACCAUGUUGGCGUGAAUUCACUUGAAGGAGGGUGAAAGGGAGAAAAAGCCAUCCAUUUGAUAAAUACCAAACAAACGUUCUUAACAUUAUUCUUUUAUUUUUCUGCCAUUCUUAUUUUUUUUAAUUGCCUGUCUGUUUAUCCUCUUUUUUUUUUUUUUUGCUCACCUGCCAGUUUGGACAUGGUACUAACAUGCCGAGUCCUUGUCCAUUGUAACCAUUGUGAAGAAUAAGCUGCAAUGCUGCAAAAACAUAUGUUGUUGUUCUAAUGUAGCUUGUGUUUUGUAAAUGCACUAUAAUAUGGAGUUGCCUGAUCUUUUGGUUUUCGGUGGUGUGGGUACUUCUUGUCCUAGAUUUUUGUGUUCUUAUUCAGUUCCAAGUAUCUUCAUGCUUCCUUGUGUACUUCUGGAAGGUAUUUUGAUUGUUUGUGUUGCUUUUUUUUAUUUUUUCUCUUUUUUUCUUUUUUGUAUGAAGCCUCCAUCCAAAAAACUACAUAUGGAUGACCAUGGAGGUUUGCUAGUUCACAUAGAAUGCUGUGAUUAAAGAUGCCUUAAGUAUUAAACAAUCAUUAUUUAUUACUAACUGUAGCUAGCUAGCUAUUGUGGUGGAAUAUUUAAUGUCUCUAUCUCAUAACUUUGCAAUUUAAUCAAUAUAUUUAUUUAAAAUAACACAAAACAUUAAAAAAAAUACCUCAUUAUGCAUUGGUCGGUGGGGAUGCUUUUGCAUGCCGUCUGUGUUUUCUUUUUCAAAGGCGAAAGAAACUCGUUGAAAAAGUGGCCGGGGUGUUUCCCCGCACGUUUUCUAGCCAGCAUGGUGCUGUUUGAUCUAUAUGACAUUCCAUUCAUGCCAUUUUCUUGAUUUUGUUUGUAUGUUUUUAUCUCUUAAGAAUCUGCUUUGGUCUGAAGCGGAUCCCAGGGCGAGAGCCUGCUCGUCUUAGCUCGCUUCCCUCAUCUUAAUCCAGUUUUUGUUGUUUGCAACCGCGUUCACAGCAUCCGUUAUAUCAGGAUCUCAGUUUAGUUUUAGGUCACACAGCUUUAUGAUUUGUUUUUUUCGUGUUGCUGGCAGUUGCUUUGUGUGGGGCGUAUAUCUAACAUGCUAACUUGAGCCAUUGAUCUUUCGAGCAAACUUCUGGUGUACUGUGGUUUCACAAUAUAGAUGUUUCACACCCGGGUACUAUAAGCUAACAAAGCGUUUCGAGUGUGCAUUUCCUAUUAAUAAUCCUGCAAAUUAAUUGGAUUAGAAUGAAGCCGAUUGGUCGAAUUCUCUCAUUUUGUGCUCUCACUGGCCUUACCCCAUGCCCUCCACAGUGUACCCCGUAAACUCCAGAGUGAACUGGACAGUAGCCAUAGUAUUAACUCAAGCUGAUGAACCGGAAUGAACAGUAGAACUUAAAGCACAAGCUUUUUAAUGCAUGUCCUUCUCAGGUUUUCCUAUGUGUAUGUGGGAGUAGCUCUGUAGAUGUGUUUAAUAUGAUGCUGUAUCUUCUUGAAUAUUUCAGAUGUUUCUUUGCUGCUGAAAAAAAAUGUUGAUUAUUAACCUGCCAGUGAAAAAGGGAAGUGGCCAUCUUUGUACAACACACUGCUGUUUUGCUGUAACCGCGCAAUGUUUUAUGAUCUUGAGUAUUUUAUAGAAAAGUAGAAGUAUGUAUCAAUAAUAUGAAAGCAAUAGCUAAAAAUCAUAAUGAAGAAUAACAUGAUCAGUGAAUAUUGUGGAAAAUCUUUAGAUUCACUCUGGGUGGAUUUUGUACUGUAUUUAUUACUAAUGAUGAUGCAAAAAGUUGCAUAGCUUAACCCAAACUGUUCUGUCUCUUUUUUUAUUUAUUGUCUUGUAUAUGAUCUUUUUGUAUGUGUUUUUCAAAUAAACUGCCUAAAAUGCUGAGAAUUUA